GGGCGUGAGACGAAGCCAGGGAGGAGCGGGGAGGCAGUGGUUUCGCUGCGCGCCUCGGGUCCCCUGUGGCGCCCGGGACGGCCUGCGUGAGUGUGAGGUGCACGACCCAGCUAAGAAGUCCUCCAUCGUGUCUGGUGCCAGGCUACGCUGGUCCUGCAUUGAGCGCCUAGGUUGCGCCAUCCUUCCCAACUAGCCGGUCCAAGACUUGAUGGCACUCGGUCAAAGAGGAGGAAAUGAGUAUCAGAAACCCAUACCUGAUGCAUUUGGUAAACUUAAAAAGCAAAGGGACAAAUCUGGACUCUGAGCUGGGCCACUUGUGGGAAAGGAUUAGGAUGGAGAAGGUCUCUGGAAUCCCAGAGAACAAGAGCUUGAACGAGCGUUUUAAAGUCUGGAGCCUGCGAGCAGGACAGAACUCAGAGGACUCAGUGGGUAAACUCCCUUGCAGCCAAGCCUGACGGCCUCAGCUAGACCCCGGGAAUCCACGUGGAGAAGGAGAAAAUCAGUUCCUUCAAGUUGUCUUCUGAUCUCCACUCGAGCACCCCCAGCUGCACAUAAAUAAAUAGAUGUAACAAAUUUUUAAAAAAAGCAAAACCAAAAAAACUCCAAGAUAAUUCUCUAAGAUCCAUUAGGACUAAGCGGUGACCGAGCCACACGAUCCGCCCACAGGCCCACCGUCCUCCUCAGUAGGCAGGAUAGUCUCCGUUUUAAGCAGAGUGUUUGUUACAUGGGGACUUAAGUGUUGGCCAGCUUGUGACCGCCUCAUGCCAGCACAAAAAUAACGUUUCCCACUCAGAUUCUGCUCCGGGUCCUGGGACAGGGAGAUACAGGAUGAGGAGCUGCAGCGAUUCUGCACCCGGGUCACUAAGCUGCUGCAGGAACCUCCAGGGCCAGCCGCCGUGGAUGCCCUACAGAGGCUCUUCCUCAUUGUCUCAGCCACCAAGUAUCCCCGACGGCUGGAGAAGGUGUGUAUGGACCUGUUGCAGAACACCCUCUGUUCGCCCACAAAUCCUGAGCAGCUUCAGGUCCUCUGUGCCGCUAUCUUGAGAGAGAUGUCACCUUUUGAUGACCUGGCCUUGUCCUGUGAUCACACCCAAAACACCCGGCAGUUCAGUCUUGUGGCCUCUGUACUCUUAGCCCAGGGAGACAGAAAAGGAGAGAUCAGCUGUCUGAGCCAGCGCAUCUUCAAGAUCCUUGAGAACCGGCAGCCCGAGGGGCCCAGCGUUAGGCACCUCCUCCCCGUCCUGACCAAGAUCAUUGGCCUGGCCCCAGGCACCCUCGUGGAAGACCAGACCAACCUGCUCAGCAGAAGGCUAGUGGACUGGCUGCGCUACGCCAGCAUCCAGCAAGGCCUUCCAUACUCAGGCGGCUUCUUCUCUACACCCAGGACCCGGCAGCCAGGUCCCAUCACAGAGGUGGAUGGAGCAGUGGCUUCUGACUUCUUCACGGUCCUCUCCACGGGCCAGCACUUCACAGAGGACCAGUGGCUGAACAUGCAGGCCUUCUCCAUGCUUCGGAAAUGGCUGCUCCACAGUGGCCCUGAGGAUCCAGGCAGUCCAGAUGCAGAUGACAGGUCAGAGCUGGAGGGCUCCACCCUGUCUGUGCUCUCUGCUGCCUCCACUGCCAGCCGACUGCUGCCCCCUCGGGAGAGGCUGAGAGAGGUGGCCUUUGAGUACUGCCAGCGCCUAUUGGAGCAGAGUAACCGGAGAGCCUUAAGGAAGGGGGACUCCGACCUACAGAAAGCUUGCCUGGUGGAAGCUGUGUUGGUGCUGGAUGUGCUGUGCCGGCAGGACCCCUCCUUCCUUUACCGCACCCUCUCCUGCCUGAAGGCUCUGCAUAGGAGGCUAGGUGAAGACCCUGGCAGUGAGCGGGCACUGGUGCCCCUUGCCCAGUUCUUCCUGAACCAUGGGGAGGCGGCCACCGUGGAUGCGGAAGCCAUCUACCAGCACCUGCUCAGCAGGCUCCCUUCCGAGCGCUUCUACAGCCCAAUCCUGGCCUUCGAGGUCACACACUUCUGCACGCACAACCUGGCCCAGUUCGACCCCCACUUCCUCAGCCUCCUCAGGUUGAGCUUCCCUAGUCUGUUCAAGUUCCUGGCUUGGAACAGCCCUCCCCUCACAGCCGAGUUUGUGGUCCUCCUCCCGGCUCUGGUGGAUGCUGGCACCGCCGUGGAGAUGUUGCACGCACUGCUUGACCUGCCCUGCCUGACAGCUGCUCUGGACCUACAGCUCAGGUCCUCACAGACCCCAUCGGAAAGGCCGCUUUGGGACGUCUCCCUCAGGAUUCCCAACUGCCUGGAGGCCUUCCGGGACCCACAGUUCCAGGGACUCUUCCGAUACCUGCUUCGUACCAAGGCCAGCGGCUCCACAGAGAGAUUGACACCGCUUCACCAGCUGCUGAAGCCCAUGGCCAGCUGUGGCCGGGUAACCCAGUGUUCGGAGGCGGUGCCCAUCCUCCUUCAGGCCUUCUUCUCAGCUGUGACCCAGUUUGCUGAUGGGGCCCUGAUCAACCAGCUGGCACUGCUGCUCCUAGACAGAAGUGACUCCCUCUACCAGGUCCCUCAGUAUGAGGCCAGUGUGCACAGGGUGCUGAGCUCCCAGCUUCUGGUGCUAUGCAAGCUGAAGCCAUCAUUGGUGGUGGAGCUGUCACGAGAGCUUCUGGAAUUUGUGGGGAGCGUGAGCAGCAUCUGCAGCCGAGCCAGCAUGUUCACCUGUGUGGUAUGGGCUAUUGGUGAGUACCUGUCGGUGACCUGCGACAAGAGAUGCACAGUGGAGCAGAUCAACAAGUUCUUUGAAGCACUGGAGGCCCUGCUGUUUGAAGUCACCCAGUCCCGCCCCUCAGCUGACCUGCCCUGCUGUCCCCCACAGGUGGUCACUGUACUCAUGACCACGCUGACCAAGCUGGCCUCCCGGAGCCAAGACCUGAUCCCAAGGGUGUCAUUGUUCCUGUCAAAAAUUCGGACCCUGGCCCAGAACCCAGCCACCAGCUCCGUGCACAGUGAGGAGAAUGCAGAAGCCAUCCGUACCCGGGCCACAGAGCUACUGACUCUACUGAAGAUGCCCAGUGUGGCCCAAUUUGUGUUCACACCCACUGCAGGCGUGUGCCAGCCUCGCUACCACCGAGACACCAACACAGCCCUGCCUCUAGCCCUGCACACCGUCAGCCGGCUGGUGGAGAAGGAGGCUGGCCUCUUGCCAGGUUGAAGAAGGGACAGUCACCACUUGAACAUUGACUACAGUUUAAGAGCCUGGGCGGCCAGCCUGAUACUUGAGUUGAGCUGCAAGCUGGGGCAACUGGAGGAGAGUGGGGAGGAAGGUGGACAUGGCCCUGAAGAUGGGGUCACUAGUUCCUGGGGAUGCGCCAUCCAGCCUUGUCCCGGUGGCUGGUCACACUCAGCGUUGAACAUGUGAUAGAUGGCUGAGCGUUUUUCCCUAGGCUGAGCAGAAGCGGCCUGGCUACUCACUGCUGUUAACUUGUUCCUAGAGUUGGGGCGGGAGCAGUCCAGGACCAAUAAUAAGGUGCUUAUGCUGGGCAGGGGUGGUGCACGCCUUCUAUCCCAGCACUCUGGAGCUGAGGCCAGCUAGGGCUACACAGAAACCAAAGCACUCACACCACACACACACACACACGAAGAAUUUUAGUGCUUAUGUGUAGGUGCUAUGCACAUACCACAACACACAUGUGGAUAUCAGGAGACAGCUUUGGUGACUCAGCCUCUCCUUUGUGUGGGUCCUGGCUGGUUGUGAGGCUCGGUGACAAGCACUUUGCCUACUGAACCAUCUUGCCUUUCCCCAAAUAAACCUUUAAGUGCUGUGUACAGCCAAGAUCUCUCUGCCGUCCUCAGACUGGGAGAUAACCAGAGCCUGAGCAUGGCCUGGAGCCUGGGCCCUUCCCACCCUGUCCUGUGUGGAGGGAAGUGGCCGGUUCUCGUGCAGGAAAUCCCUGGUCCUCAUGUUUAGCUCUGGUGUCUUGGAUGUGACAGAAGUGACAAUACCAGGAGAUGAGGCUGUAGCUCAGCAAGUGGAGUGUGUCCUCCGUGCACAAAGUCCAGCAUGACCCAAGCAUUGUAGGGCACACCUGCAGUCCCAGCACCUGGGAGGUGGAGGCAGCGGGGUCAGAAGUUCAAGCUCACCCCUGGGUAUGCAGUAAUUCAGAGGGCUGCCUGGACUACAGAAGAAAUUGGGCCUGGGAGAUGACUCAGCACAUUAAAGCCUUUGUCAUAGAAGCCUGAUACCCACGUUUGACCCCUGGAUUCCAGGUGGAGAGCCAGGUGCCUGGUGUGUGCACACCCGCAGAAACUGCAUCAGUCCAAAGCUCACAGGCCUGCUAGCCUGGGGUACGCAGAGCAGCGGGAGAACAAGAACCAACUCCCAGAAGAUGUGUUUGUUAUGUCUUCUUGCACACACGAGACAUUUUAAAAGCCAAAUAAAUUCAGGUACU